AUGACUACAGUCAAGUCGCCGCAGGAGGUCUUUUCCUCACCCGAGAAUCCCAGCAAUGUCGCUCUACCUUCGUCUCAGAAAGGCAAGAUAUUUUCAAAACUACGAACAGACCCCUGGUUUCAGAUUACAUUGGUCUCACUCAUCUCUUUCUGCAACCCCGGCAUGUACAAUGCUCUGACAGGCAUGGGAGGCUCGGGCCAAGUCAACAGCACGGUCUCAGCCAACGCUAAUGUCGCGACGCAUGCAUGCACAGCUGGUGCCGCGCUAUUCGUGGUUGGCACUUUCUAUAAGUAUAUGGGCCCACGUCUAUUGUUGCUUCUGGGAGGCUGGACCUAUGCCCUUUACGCUGGUGCUUUGCUCAAUUCCGAUCGAACUACGAACGGUGGUCCGUUCGUGAUCGCAUCUGGAGCACUGCUUGGUCUGGGUGCCGCUUUCUUCUGGGUAGCCCAAGGAACCAUCAUGGUCACCUACAGCACAGACCAAACACGAGGCAGAGCUAUUGGUCUCUUUUGGGUGAUAUUCAACCUGGGUGGGACCGUCGGUUCCUUGGCCAGUUUUGGACUUAACUAUCACUCAAAAUCUGGGACAGUCACGGAUUCCACUUAUAUCGCCUAUAUUGCUAUCAUGUUAUUUGGCUGGGCAUGCUCAGUAUUUGUGUGCUCGACGGAAACACUGUCCGACAAGUAUAACGGUGCUCGCAUUGCCCACGAGUCCAAAGCUCUUAACUGGACGUCCCUGAAAACCACGGUGAGACAAACAUUACGGAUUGUUUUAAGUUGGAAGCAUAUUUGUUUGUACCCCAUGUUCUUCAACGCCAAUGUCUUUUACUCCUACCAGCAAAAUGAUGUGAACGGCCUGACAUUCAACCUACGCACCCGCUCGCUCAACAGCGCCUUAUACUGGAUCGCCCAAAUGUUUGGCGGGCUUCUGAUGGGAUUCUUGCUCGACUUGCAUCACCUAAAUCGCCGGAGCCGAGCUCAAAUUGGCUGGGCAAUUUUGUUUUUGGCAGGAAUGGCGAUUUGGGGUGGUGGCUACAAAUUCCAGGUUUGGGACAACCGGCGUUUGCAGCUUGGUCUGAAACAGGACAUCGACUAUAAAGAUGGCAACGAGUUUCUGGGACCAAUGUUUCUUUACUUUUUUUACGGCGCGUACGAUGCCUUCUGGCAAGGUUUCUGCUACUGGAUCAUGGGUGCUCAGUCACACGAUCCAGUCGUGACCGCUGUUAUCGUGGGCUCUUACUCAGCCUUGAAGCCAGCGGGUGGCGCUAUGGCUUGGAAAAUCAAUGCCGAAGGCACUAGUCCUAUGGUUCAAUUUGCUAUGAACUGGGGCUUGACUAUCGGCAGCUUGCUGGUGGCCAUUCCAACUGUCAUGACCAUUCAGAAGACCCCUGAGGAGCUUACCCAUGAUGCCAAAAGUACCAAGGAAAAUGAGGUUUAA